AUGGGCACAGGUAUCUCCUCCAUUCUUCUCCAUCAAUUGCCCUACCAAUUCAAGGGAUUAGGCAUCAUCUCAAACGUCAUUUUCGGGCUCAACGUGCUCCUCUUCGUAAUCUUUUGCCUAUUCAGCAUCUGCAGAUAUACCGUCUGGCCAACGAUGGGUCCAACGAUGCUCUUUCAUCCCAGCCAAUCACUCUUUCUGGGCACCUUUGCCAUGGGAUUCGCUACGAUUGUCAACAUGUGCGCCUUAUCGGCAGCACCUGCCUUUGGAUCAGGGUUCGCGACUUUUACCUGGGUCCUGUGGUGGCUCGACUCCGCCUUCUCUAUCGUCAUCUGUAUUGGACUGCCGUUCCUCCAAUUUACCCGCCAUGAACAGAGUCUCGACAAGGUGACCGGGGUGUGGUUCUUGCCCGUCGUGUCCACCAUCGUAGCCAGCGCAAGUGGAGGCAUCGUGGCCACCAUCCUCCCGCCUGACCAUGCCAGGCUCACGUUGGUCGUCUCUUGGAUCCUUUGGGGAACCGGCUUUCCCAUGGCAAUUCUGCUCAUGGCCAUCUAUUAUCAACGAUUGGCGAUUUACAAGAUUCCACCGGCAGCAGUUAUCGUCAGUGCCUUUUUGCCUUUAGGGCCGUGCGGUCAAGGCGCAUUCGCAAUCCUGCAAAUCUCUUCCUCGCUCAAGGAUCUCGUUGCCAUAAGCGGACAGGCUUUGAUCGCAGGCCAAGCCAAAGACGACGCUGCUUGGUUUGCACAGGCGAUAUUUGCAGCCACGAUCCCGAUGGCUUUGGCGAUAUGGGGCCUCGGCCUUGUUUGGCUUGUGCUUGCGGCGAGUUUUCUGAUUGACCUGGCCUUGGUGUCUAAGCUCAGCUUCAACCUUGGCUGGUGGGGUUUUACAUUCCCUUUAGGCGUCUUCUGCACAGCCACAACACAGUUCGGCAAGGAGCUCAACAGUUCUGGGUUCAAGAUAUUGGGAACAGUUCUCUCCUUAAUUGAGGUCGCUCUCUGGCUUUUCAUUGCCUUUCGGACACUCGUCGGCGCUCUUAGCGGCAAGCUCUUCUUUUCGCCAUGUCUUGCCGAGCAGGGUGGUGAGCCACCCGAGUAUGUUGCACCAGCACGCAAGUACGAUUUCGUGGCCAGGUCCAGCAAUUCUUGA